GAAACAUAUUCACACACUGCCCCUCCCCUUGACCAACAUUGUUUUUCCAUCAUAGUUUCCUGUGUAAAGAUAACCAGAGACCAUUCUAACAUUGACUCCCAACUCCAUAAUAAUAAUAAUUGAAAGCUGUCACACAGGAAGCUCUGAUAAAUGAGGCCACCUCAUCUGCUAUUUUGUUUUGUGGGAUUAUGUUUUUGGACCACUGUAAUUUCCCUGAAGAUCUGCGCCUUCAACAUCCAGAGUUAUGGGGAGGCAAAAGCCCACAACAGGAAGGUUAUGGAGAUUUUGAUCAAGAUAAUUUCACGCUGUGAUCUGAGUUUGAUUCAGGAGGUUCGAGAUUCUAGAGGUGAAGCCAUAUCUGCACUUUUGAAGAACCUGAAUAGGUUUGACACAUCUCACAUUUACACCCAUUUAGAGAGUAAAAGGAUGGGGAAGAAAACAUAUAAAGAGCAGUAUGUGUACAUAUACAGAAAAGAUUUGCUACAGGUGCAAGAGCAAUACCAUUAUUCAGAGUUGAAUGAGACAGCAGCAGAAGAGUUCUCCAGAGAACCGUUCAUCAUAUGGAUCCGUUCACACACAACCUUGGUGAAGAACUUCGUCCUCAUUGGUCAACACACCUGCCCUAAGAAUGCAAUGAAAGAAAUGGAGACACUCUACGAUGUUUUCCAAGCAGUCAGGAAAAAAUGGAAAACUGAGAAUGUGAUGUUUCUGGGCGACCUGAAUGCAGCUUGCAACUAUGUUACCAAUAAAGCACUGAAAAACGUGCGUCUCAGGAGUGACCCAAAGUUCCACUGGUUGAUUAGAGAUGAACAGGACACUUCAGUCCGUGACAAAACACACUGCGCUUAUGACAGGAUUAUUAUUCAUGGCAAAGAACUCAUUUCUGGAAUAGUUCCAGAAUCUGCUCAGCCAUUCAACUUCAAACAAGAGUUCAAUCUAUCCGAAGAAGAGGCUUUGGAAGUCAGUGACCACUAUCCCGUAGAAGUUGAUUUAAAACCGAACCAUCGCUACCUCCUGCGUCACGAACUCUGAAACGAUGAAAAUCUGAGAACUGCUUUAUAAUGAUAAUGAUUUAGGAAGUACCUGACAUGCUGCUUUACUGGUACUCAUACUAUGCUAUGGUACUGUUCUAUGUACUAUGGUACCAACAUCUGAUACCAUGCAGAACUUUCGCUGUGUAAACGACACGUUACUACACAAAGUGCACUUAGUAAGUUUGCUAAUUGCAAAACUUUUACAUAGAAAGAAAGAGUAAGAGUUUAGUAGAAUAGUAUUUAAAAAAAUUAGAUGAGUCUAGUCAUAUCAGUUUUAAAGAAAAAAGGUACAAAUGGUCCUCACCAUGUUGAGAUUAUAUGACCAGCUGAACAUUACUCUCUUUUUUGCCCAGAGUGACUAUUUGCACCUUGGUGUAAAUAACACCUGCCACACAUCACGGCUAUUUGCAUCCCAGUAAUCUAUUGGAAAGAGAAAUUUAUGAAAAACUGCAAUUUACAACAUUGCUUCUGUUGCGUGGGGCGUAAUGCCGGUGUGAUUGUGGCUUUUAGACCCGUGUUCGAUCCCGUGUUUGUCGCACUCUUUUUUCCCAUUCUGUUUCCUGUCUCCUCUCUUAAUAUUUUCUUUAAUACUACUUAUAAUAAUACAUAAAAAUGAAUAUAAAAGGAAGUUUAAUGUUGUAGUAACCAUGUUUUUGGUGGAAACCAUAGAUCUGAUGCAGUUAAUAAUGGUGUUACUAUAGUAAUAUGGUGUUCAUAUAGUAACAGUGUUUAAUAUUGUGGUUACUAUGAAUUUACUACAAAAUACCAUGGUGAUGCUAUGGUUACUGUAGUAAAACCAUGGUUAAUUUUUGUAAAGGAAGGUUAGGUGUAGGGGUUGGUAUAAAGUGUAUAUGGUACUCUGUAUAAACACAAUAAAUGCGCUGCAGUGAUGCCCCUAUACUGUACUGUAUUUUAUUAGGGGUGCAAAUAGUAUCUGCACUAUUUGCACCAGGGUGCAAACAGCAUCUACCAUUAUUUGUACCAGAGUUGGGGUGCAACUAAUAUAUUUGCACUGGGGGUGCAAAUAGCAUCUGCCUUUUUUUUAAAUAAAACAUUUUAAUUGGAUGCUUAAUUGGAUAUUUAAUGACAUCAGUAACUGAGAACUUCUGUUUCUGCGAGAUGCUACAUCUACACCUCUAUAGGUGUCAGAGCAACAUAAACAGAAAUCUUACUGAAUACACCUUAAAGCCAUGUUAUAUUAUUGCUAUAGGCAUCUCUUACCCAGUACAAUGUUAUACACAAUAAUUACUUAAAACCGUCUAGAAGGUAUUUUGAUUUAUGAUGCAGACGGUAUUGCUUAGCUAUAAUAUCCU